GAGGUGUAGGCAGAGGAGGAAGAGGGAGGGAGGUGGAGGAGGGGUAGGGAAGUCCUGGUAGAGAAGAGGCCCGAGAUUCUGAAGAAGACAAGAGGUGAGCUGCGCUCGAGCUCCCCCGCUGCCCAAAGGCUGUUCCGGAUCCUUUAAGGCACAAGUCAGACAAAGACGGAGGAAAGCAGGAAGAGACUUUUAUGUCGGCAGACAGAGAAGCUUUGCCCGUCACCGUUGCCUCACAUCCGGGGCUUUGGAGGGCUGCCCCCACCCCCUGCUGCCCCGCCCCCCCCUCCUUUCAUGGCGACCGGAGGCGGAGGCUGGAAAAUCUGGGCCGGGAGGAGGCCCCUUUAAAUCUCCUUAAAGGGGUGGCCUCUGAACUCGGCCGGCUGCAACGCCAGCCUUAAAGGGGACGCGCCGAACAGAAGCUGACAAAUUGAGAACUGUGCUGUUAGGAGAACUGGAGCGAGCAGGGAUUUUUUACCACUUCGUCUCCCCCACCCAAGAAGUCCUUUUAAGUUCAGCGUAAAGGGGAAGUGACCGCCUGCGGAGGACUAGAAACUUAACUCCCGAUCCCUUAGAGGCCUGCUGGUUGGACGACCCUAGACCUCUUAAAGGGGUGGCCUCAGCCGGAGGACUUGAGACACUUUUAAAGGGGAGGUCUGCGUUUCAGGACGAGCUUUCGGCCCCUUUUAAAGGGGUGGCCCUUCCUUUUCCUUGGGGAGACUUGUCUCGACCCCUGGCAGGGGGCGGCCGCCGCUCUAGGCCGGCCGGACUAGGUCGAGUCGUCUUAAAGGGGCCAGGGGCUGGACAACUUGAAGCCUCGCCUUAAAGGGACGGCCGCUCCGUUUUCACCGUUUCGGGCCUGCCGGCCCCUAGGGCGGGGGGAGGGGGCUCUGGGGCUUGUCGCCCCGGGGCGGCGCCGGCUCCCCGGGCCUUGGCCUUGUGGCAAGCUCGGGGCCAGUAGAUCCUGCUUUAAAGGGGAAGCCGUGGCCCUCUCGUCCCUGUGCAGCCGCCAGCGUCGCACCUGCGACCCCAGGCCUGCGGACAGGCCACUUCGGGCCCCGCCGCCUCCGGAUGCGGCGCUGAGGGCGGUCGCCAUGGAGACAGCAGCGGCCACGGCUCCGGGCCCCGGCUGGGCGACUGAGGGGGAGCGGCGGCGGCGGCGCUGCUCGCGCCGAGACCGAGACCGGGAGCAGCGGCGCCGUCGAGGUCCCGGCGGCGAUGCGCCCCGGGCCCUUUUGGCCGCCCCGCGCGGCUCCUCUUCCUCGUCGUCGCCGCCGCCUCCUGCCAGGCCCUGGUCGUCAGCUUCGUCUGGAGAGCGGCCCGGAGGCCCGAGACGGCGGCGGCCCCGUCCCAGGCCUCGGCCCCCGCGACCCAGAACUCGGAAGCGGCCUGCUGGCUCGGGCAGCCGCGGGGAGGAGGAGGAUGAGGAGGAGGGGGGCGCAGACGAUAGGGAGGCCGAGGAGGAGCCUGAGGAGGAAGAAGAGGAGGAAGACUUGAUCGAUGGCUUUGCCAUCGCCAGCUUCGCCAGCCUCGAGGCCUUGCAGAAGGAUGCAUCUCUAGAGCCCCCAGAGCGACUUGAACAUCGGCUGAAGCAUUCUGGGAAGCGGAAGAGGGGGGGCUCCAGUGGUGCCACUGGGGAGCCAGGGGACAGCUCUGAUCGGGAGCCUGGACGACCCUCUGGAGAUCGGGCUCGAAAAUGGCCCAAUAAGCGGAGAAGGAAAGAGGCCUCCUCCCAUCAUUCUCUGGAAGCUGGAUACAUAUGUGAUGCCGAAAGUGAUCUGGAUGAGAAGGUCUCCGAUGAUGACCUCGACCCAUCUUUUACUGUGUCAACCAGCAGAGCCUCUGGCCCCCACGGCGUCUUCAAUGGGAACUGUGAAGCAAAACUCUCUGUAGUCCCUAAAGUGUCGGGCCUGGAGCGGAGCCAGGAACAGCCCCCUGGGCCCGACCCGCUGCUAGUGCCUUUUCCCCCGAAAGAACCACCACCUCCACUGGCCCCUCGGCCUCCUGUCUCGCCCCCUGCACCCCUACCGACUGCCCCCAGUCUGCCACCCCCACCCCAGCCCCAGCUGCAGCUUCGGGUCUCGCCCUUUGGGCUCCGCACUUCUCCUUAUGGCAGCAGUCUGGACCUCAGCACUGGCAGCUCUUCACGGCCGCCCCUCAAGGUCCCGGCCCCUCCCGUGGCUCAGCCUACACCCUCAUCAUCCUCUUCAUCCUCUUCCUCUUCAUCUGCCUCCUCCUCGUCCGCGCAGCUUACCCACCGGCCCCCGACGCCCUCACUGCCCCUGCCUUUGUCCACCCAUGGCUUUCCCCACCCUGGGCUGCGGCCUCCCCCACCACCCCACCACCCCUCCUUGUUCUCCCCUGGCCCCACCCUGCCCCCACCCCCACCCUUGCUGCAGGUGCCAGGGCACCCUGGGGCCUCAGCCACUAACGCCCUUUCUGAGCAGGACCUGAUCGGCCAGGACCUGAACUCUCGCUACCUGAAUGCCCAGGGUGGCCCUGAGGUGGUGGGGGCAGGGGGCUCAGCCCGGCCCCUGGCCUUCCAGUUCCACCAGCACAACCACCAGCACCAGCACACCCACCAGCACACCCACCAGCACUUCACCCCUUAUCCCCCGGGCCUGCUGCCACCUCAUGGCCCCCACAUGUUUGAGAAAUACCCAGGAAAGAUGGAAGGCCUCUUCCGGCAUAAUCCGUACACGGCCUUCCCUCCCGCAGUGCCCGGCCUACCUCCGGGCCUCCCGCCGGCUGUCUCCUUUGGCUCCCUGCAGGGGGCCUUCCAGCCCAAGAGCACAAACCCAGAGCUGCCACCACGACUGGGGCCAGUGCCGAGCGGGCUUCCUCAAAAGGGGACACAGAUCCCUGACCAUUUCCGGCCAUCUUUGAGGAAACCAGGGAAGUGGUGUGCCAUGCAUGUGCGUGUGGCUUACAUGAUCCUGAGACACCAGGAAAAGAUGAAGGGCGACUCCCACAAGCUUGACUUUCGGAACGACCUCCUGCCCUGCCUUCCGGGGCCCUAUGGGGCCCUGCCCCCUGGGCAGGAGCUCUCCCACCCGGCCACCUCCCUCUUCACUGCAACUGGUGCCGUCCACGCUGCAACCAACCCUUUCACGGCAGCUCCCGGGGCCCAUGGGCCCUUUCUGAGUCCCAGCACCCACAUUGAUCCCUUUGGGCGUCCCACAAGCUUCGCCUCCUUGGCUGCCCUCUCCAACGGGGCCUUUGGAGGCCUGGGCAGCCCCACCUUCACCGCCAGCGUCGCACCUGCGACCCCAGGCCUGCGGACAGGCCACUUCGGGCCCCGCCGCCUCCGGAUGCGGCGCUGA